AAAAAAUCCGGAAUCCCUUGCUCCUUAUUUUUUUUGAAAACCCCUUACUCCGUAUUACUCAUAUUAUUUGAUAUACUCCGUAUCAGGUACAGAACUAAAGAUCAUCGAUAAAUGAUUACGGCGACCCCCACAUCCAUCUAGUACUUCUGCGGUGGUUGUAUAGCCGGAGACCCCACACGCCGCCGUUUUUUUUUUUUUUGAUGGAGAACAAUCCGCAGCCAUCAGGUUUACAGAAUUCGAUUUGUAUCUAGUUUCCCUUUUCUCUUAAAAUCCAUAAGUAUUUUUUUCCGCUCCUGGUUGCUUUGGUACCCGAAAUUAAAGUACUAUAGGUCCGUACGAUUUCUUUCAUUUUGUAAUUCGGGUAUGUGAUGGAUCUAGCCAUCUAGGUUUGGUCAUUAUAUUGAUUUAUGAAGGAAACUGAAAAGAAACUGGGGAGUUUUUAUAUUUUUCAGGCUGUAGAAAUCGAAUGGAUUGAUCUAGCGAAUCACGGAGAGUUUUUCUCAGUGAGAAGAUAUCAGUUUUUUAUUUUGUGAUCAUUUUUAGCGAUUCCAUUCGGAAACAAGGGUUUAGUGUCUUGCGAUCAAUUGCAUAUAUUGGGAUUUGUUUGAUAUCCGAGCCUGCCGAAUUAUCAUUUGAGCUAAUCAGCAAUGUGUUAAGUCAUUGGAUACAAUCAAAUUGUUUGGCAUCCCAAGUCACAACCCUGUGAAUGAUAUAUUACUGCAUAGUGUUAGAGAUUUUUACAUUUCUCAUCCUGUCUUCUUAGCAUUCAUGUCUAUCAAGAACAUGUUAUUUUUUGUUCUUUUAGGGGUCUUUUGAUCAACAAGGAAAAACUUUUUCUUCCUGGUUUAUUCACAGGAAAAGUGUUUCCUUUGUUUGCUAGGUAAAGUUUAUCCUAUUUAGAUUACCUUUCCAUUCAAAUGAAGAAAAUAUAAUGAUACCACUCAAUUCUGUUUUUAAAAGUAGAUGGGAAGAUCUUUUCUGGGAUGCCAGAAAAGAAAAGUGUGAAAGCAUAGAGAAAAUAAGUGCAGUUUACGAUUUACAAUGCGUACUGCUUAUCUCUUGAUCCUUCCAUAGUUUACCUACUUUUGAAAAAAAUCCUAACAAAGCCAUACUUCUUUCUACAUACUCUUCUUCUCUCAAAGAAUAAAUAUUUAUCUUCACAUACUCUUCUUCUCUCAAGAAAUACGAAGUAAUAUAUACGGAGUAUAUUCGUAUAUGCUCUGAUUUGGACUCUUGAUAAGUGAUAACUGAACCACCUGUUAAAUAUUUGUAUCUAAUCUGUUGCUAACUUUCAUUUGAUUCUGUGGCAGGCAGUGGCUCUCCACCCAAACCAUGGGAAAAAGCUGCAUCCUCUUCUGGUCCUGCACCUUUUAAACCUCCCUCUCCGGGAAGCACAAGUGAUGUUGUGGAGACAUCAGGAACUGCUAAUCCAGGAGAAAUAGUCAAUUCAGCUAACAGGAAUAAUACAACUGCUAACACAAAUGUGCUUGCACGGCCUGUACCUAACCGGCCUUGGGAGCAGCAACAGCAACAACAGACAUAUGGAAGCACCUAUGGAGGUUAUGGCUCUGGCUUGAACUACAAUUCCGGUUAUGGAUCAGGAACGUAUGGUGGCUCAUAUGGUGGAUAUGGGUCAAGCAUGUAUGGUGGCGGUAGUGGUGGAUUGUAUGGGAACAACAUGUAUAGAGGAGGUUAUGGUGGGUUAUAUGGAGGUGGCAUGUAUAAUGGGGGGAUGUACAACAGUGGUGUUGGAGGCCCAAUGGGUGGUUAUGGAGUAGGUGCGCCAUAUGGAGAGCAAGAUCCAAACAAUCCAUUUGGGGUACCUUCAUCUCCACCAAACUUCUGGGUUUCCUUGAUGCGAGUGAUGCAAGGCGUGGUUACUUUCUUUGGGCGGAUUGCAAUGUUGAUUGACCAGAAUACCCAGGCAUUCCACCUGUUUAUGACUGCACUACUUCAGUUGUUUGAUCGAUCUGGGGUAUUGUAUGGGGAGCUUGCAGGGUUUGUGCUGAGAUUAUUAGGAGUGAAAGCAAAGCCCAAGAAAGCUCAACACCCCGGUGCCGAAGGGCUCCCUGGCCCACAAAAUCCUCGCGGGGGUCAAAAUUUCAUCGAGGGCCCAAAGGCUCCUGGCCCCAGUGGAGCAUGGGACAGCGUAUGGGGUGGGAACUGAAACAGUUGACUGGUGACUUCGCAUGGACCCAACACUUCUGUUUACACCUUCACGAGAUGACCACAGACAAACAAGGCGUUGUCGCUUUCUGCACAGAGUGGAACUUCCAUACUGUAGUUGGUUCCGUUACCAAUAGCUUGAAUCAUGGAUCUGUUUGGUGUUACAAAUACCUGAUAAUUCAAUUUACAAAUUUAUUAUUACAGAUCAAUACUGUGUAUUUGUUGUGUCAUAUUUUACUGUAUAAUUUAUCAUAGAGGUUUACGUGUCACCACCUUUGAGUUUCUUGUUUUUUGUGGCAUGAUAUUGAGAUGCUUGUGGACACUUAGGUUGUGAUUAAACUUGAAAUGUCUCUUCACGAGAAUUUCAUGGGUGAAUUAUGAAGCUACAAGUUAAAAUUAUGAUUAGUAGUAUUUUAUUGGAGUUUUUCUUUAAAUAUCA